GGCGCCUUCACAACAAACGUGAUAACGUUGCUGCAGGUGCAAAUCAAAUGCUUGAAAGUUACCUUGAAACCACAAAACUCCCUCUGUCUUUGCUACGACGCCGUGGUUUCGUCCAUUUCAGCCGCUAAUGAAUCCAUUAAUCAGACGCAGACUUCCUCCGUCUGUGAGGAGUCUGUUGACAGAUAUCGGUCCAAAGGAGGAGUGGACUGACACAGAGCCGGACACUGUCACCAGAGACGGGAUCCUGCUCCCUGCCAGAGGAGCUGCUUCUGCUGGACGAGAGGAGUUUCUCAGCCCAGCCAAGACUAAAGAGGAGCAAGCUCCAGAUGAUUAUGAAGGGGGAAACACCAAGAGGAGUGCAGUCUGCAUGCUGUGUGAAACUAAACAGUCCUGCUACACCUGUCCUCGGUGCAACCUGCAUUACUGUGGCUUGGCUUGCUACCGCAGCCCAGCUCACUCUGCGUGCUCCGAGGAAUUUUACAAGGAGUCAGUCCUGCAGGAGCUGAAGGAUAUGGGGAAAACGGAGGCUGAGGGGAGAAAGAAAAUGCAGGAGAUUCUUUUAGGACUCAGACAAAAGGCAGAGAGGACAGAUGGGGGGAUGGAGAGUGUGUUGCGAGAUGUGGGUGUUAUGCAAGAUGACACAGAGGAAGGAGAAGGAGAGGUGGAGGAGAGAGUGCAGGCUAUGGAGCUCCUGUCCAGAUUAGCAGAGCUUCAAGAGUCUGGAGAAGAGAGUGAGACGGAGAUUGAGGCUAUUUUGAGAAAACUUGAAGAGAUCGGAGGAGGACAGGAAGAAGAUGUAGAUGUGGAAGAUGAAGGUGCAGAAGAGGAGGAGCUGGACUUGGCUGACCGGCUCUCUGGGCUGGAUCUUGACAAACUCUCAGAAGAAGAGCUGUGGGGACUUCUCGACAGCAAGGAGAAAGACACGUUUAUGGGUCUGGUGGGGGGGGGAGCUAUUGGCCGGCUGGUCGACCUGUGGAAGCCGUGGUGGGAGGAACACAAUGAGGGAGGGAGAGUGUUGGUGGAGGUGCUCAAGGAGGAGGUGAGCAAACUGGAGAAAGGUGACUCAACAACUGCAGCUGCACAGGAGGUUGAUGAUGAAGUCAGGAAUCGGAGCAAAUCUGCGAAAAAAGUGGGGAAUAGAAAGAAAACGAGCAAAGAUGAGGGAAGCUCAGUUUCUAGCGUGCCUCCAAUUUCUGCAAAAAUUCCCAAAUUAAGUUCCUUGUGUGCAAAUCCAUCUCCCUUGGUAUGCUAUGGUUUGGUUAACGCCCUUUUUGGCUACUCUUUCACCAUGUGUCUGUAUAAUGGAGACACUGAUUCACUGAUUUUUGAGAUCUGUGACAUGAUUCUUGCUUUGUCUGAGGCGCUGGACUCAGGCAGGGUUUUCAACUCAGUCCAAGAGGCCUUGCACCGUGGAGAAACUCUACUUUCAGCAGGAGGUUACCUAGAUAAGGAAGAUUCCCGUGCUCCAGCCAGGGCGGUGGAAGCCGUGGCUCACAUCAUGACCGGCAGAGACAGAAAGGAUGCUACAGGAUACUGCCUGGCAGCCUUGAGUCAGCUCCGUUCAGUGCUCUCCAAAGCCAGAGCCGCCCUGUCCAAGGAGGGAGAGGAAGGAGCAAAGAGGCAGAAGUACUUCCUGGCAAGCAAGAAGUGUGAAUUCUUUCAAGCCUGGGUGCUGGACCACACACACCGGACUCAUAUACUGGCUCUCGAGUUGUGGAGCGAGCACAGUUUAAGGGAGAGUGAAAGGAACAGCAUGGACAAAGCAAAGACUGUAGUUGAGGAGAGCUUUAAGAAGGGGAAGAGGAAAGGGAAUAAUAAGAUGAUUGAAGAGUUGAGCUAAUGGUCUUUUUAAAACAUUUUUUAUUAAGUUCACGAUUAUGAAAAUGUGUGAAAACCAAAAUGUGAAAUUAAAUCACCAAAAUGACAUCACUGGUUUAUUCUUAAUAUACAGUUUCAAACAUCGUGUUCAAAUUUACAAACGAAGUGUUG